UCAUCUGGCCAUGUUGGCGCUUGCAAGCCCCACCGGAUCCACCACUCCUGUGCGACCAUCCCUCGGAGCUGUGCGAGAGCAUUCGGAAACAUGUCCCUCAAGUACACCACCUCCUGACCUUGCGGGAGCUGUGCCGUGGCGAACUCUCUCUCCAACACCGAUAAGAUGUAACGCUUCAGCAGCAAUGGGUCGCUCGUUGGGUGCACGCACCCGCUGCACGUGUCUUGUAGCUGCUGUGCUAGACAAUGGAAGAAGCAGUGGUUGUCUUUCGGCUGCUCGAUGACCAUCAAAGGGAUGCGCAGCGAAGCGAGCUGCCUCGUCAAAGACCCUCCCGUCUCAUCGAACGCUACCCCUCCCUCCACUGGCUGACGAAGCACCUGCUGCACAGCAGCUCUCGCCUGCUCCAACUGCCGCCGCCGAGCCAGCUGCGGGCCGCUCGGCGCCCUCGAAGGGCGCCGCUUUCGCGCAUAAGGGUUGCCGCGAAUUGCACGAAUCAGUUGGUUUCGCCUCUUCCGCAACCCACGGGACGAUCGCAGCCACACAAUGUCCUGCAGCAGCCCAGUGGGUAUGUCCCGCAGCGAGUCAUGAGAACGCACACCUGAAGCAGCACCAUGAAGCAGUAAAGCAAAUGAGUGCCGGCAAGACAAACACAGAAAUGCAAUGUCCCCCACUCCUUCAUUUUCGUUUUCAUUUGCAUUCUCACCAUCCAGGAAGCGUCAAAACGCCUUGGCAUCGACACCCCCCCUCGAGUCAGCAGCGACUGAUGCCAUGGAGGACACCCACUACCCUGCCAACGCUUACGUGCGUAACGUAGGAGUACCAAGGGCUUAUCGCUAACAGCAGUAGGAAGCUCGACACCGUCCUCGAGAUGAACUGGCCCAUCUGUACUCGUCCCUGCCACAUACACACAUACGCGCAGACAAUGAAGAGAAUGAGUGUCCCCUCCCCCCGACAGAUACGCCGCGUACGUUGUACGAACCUGGCCUGCCAGCGAACGACGCAGCACCUGCACAUGUAUAAUUACAGCCUGCCACGCAGGUGAAGCCCUCGCGAGAGAGAGGGCGGCCUGCAGCCACACACAACAACGCACUCCGCGAGCACUGGCCAUCCGUCCUGCGCCCAUUACCAUCUUCAGUUCCCAGCAGGACGCACACAACCACACAGAAGAGAAGUCCAAAGAAGGCACCCGUCCUCAGCAUCAU